GUACUCAGUUUCUCUACUGAACAAUGUAGAGGAUAUUCUGCAUUUGGGGACAUGAAGGUCCCAUGCAGUAGUGUUGAUGUAUGUGUUUGAAGAUCUGCAUACUAAGAAGUAAGAACGCUCAUAAAAUAUGGAUAAAGGAAGCUUCAGGGGAUUCUUCCUCAAAGUACUAAAGGCAGUUGGCAAGAUCCUGACUGUGCUGUCAGGAUAAUGCAUGCUGAGAGGUCUCUGGAAAUGACUGAGGAAAAUCCGACCUCCAGCCUGCAGCUCAGUGAACUUGGAGUUCUGAGAGCUGUUUAGAAAUGUUCAGAUCCAGUCUAAAGUCAUACGCUAUUUUUAAGGUUAGCGUUGAGGAAGAAGGUUUGGUGGCAAGGAAAAUAAGUGCCAAUCCAGUUUAAAGGUUAGGUGGUCAGGGCAGCAAAAAGAAGGUUUUAAAGUAAAACAUAAAUGCAAUGUAAUCUGGGCAGAGGGGUUAGGAAGAAGAAGAUAAUGGAUAUUCCUCCUGAGACAAGGAUGUCUAUACUCCUAGGAGUCAACUGGGACUUACCAUGUCCUUGACACUCCUUCCACCUGUCUGAGGAAGGCACAGGUGCCCUUUCUCACUCAAUACAGGCUUAUUCUUAGAAUUUAGGGAUCUGUAUCCCAGGUGCUGAGAUAUGACGGUAAACAUGUGAAAACUAAGUCCUGGGAGUGCCUCCAACUCCCUUGCCAUGUGAGCAUCUGUUUGCAGAGCUGGUCUACCCAUCCAGAUUCACCCAGGAGUCUGUGUUCCUAAAGGAACUCACUGUGCCACUUGGUGGCACCAAAAAGUUGCGCAAAGAACUCUGUUCUCUAUAAAUACAAACUACCACCCCUCCCUCCUCCGCUCUCUCCCCUUCCCCCCUUCCCCCCUUUCUCAGUAGCGGGGAGAUUGCUGCACACGCCGCCCUCAGCUCGGCUGUUCUGCGCACGCUGAGCGGAGGGGAUGAGCUUGAGAUCAUCUUGGGGGGGAAGCCGGGGACUGGAGAGGCCGGCUCUGCCCCGCUGAUCCCUGUGGCCCAACUUUUCGGGGGGCUAGCUAGACCGAGUCUCACUGCUCGCUGCGCAGCCAACAGGGGGAGUUUCUCAGAACAAAGCUAGAGCUAAUUUGUGUCUCUAAUGCUGGGCACUGGCCAUUUGAAGCAGCCAAAGGUGCAUUGACCAGGACUACGUGCAGCCCUUCCUCCAGUGGGACAUAAGCAGGGGUUUUCUGUGGAAGCCGUAGUUGCAUGACAUUCUACUGUCAGCUAUGGAGCGUUCAGGUUUAGAAGAUCGUGACCACAUGGAUCAUCUAACUGAAUGGUACAUGGGGACACAAUGGUCCUAUAGAGAAUACAUGUGAAUUGUUGGCUAAUUUCUUGAUUUGCGACUCAACAUAGGACAUCGCUUGUUCAUAUCUAUCAGAACACUCCUGAAUUUUCCCCACCAUGCUAUCUUUAUUAGCUUGAACUCCUUCCCUAAAAUGGUCCUUCUGUUGAUCCUGUCAGUCUUACUUUUGAAAGAAGAUGUCCGUGGGAGUGCACAGUCCAGUGAGAGGAGGGUGGUGGCUCACAUGCCAGGUGACAUCAUUAUUGGAGCUCUCUUUUCUGUUCAUCACCAGCCUACUGUGGACAAAGUUCAUGAGAGGAAGUGUGGGGCGGUCCGUGAACAGUAUGGCAUUCAGAGAGUGGAGGCCAUGCUACAUACCCUGGAAAGGAUCAAUUCAGACCCUACGCUCUUGCCCAACAUCACACUGGGCUGUGAGAUAAGGGAUUCCUGCUGGCAUUCGGCUGUGGCCCUAGAGCAGAGCAUUGAGUUCAUAAGAGAUUCCCUCAUUUCUUCAGAAGAGGAAGAGGGCUUGGUACGCUGUGUAGAUGGUUCCUCCUCUUCCUUCCGCUCCAAGAAGCCCAUAGUAGGGGUCAUUGGGCCUGGCUCCAGUUCUGUAGCCAUUCAGGUCCAGAACUUGCUCCAGCUUUUCAACAUACCUCAGAUUGCUUAUUCGGCAACCAGUAUGGAUCUGAGCGACAAGACUCUGUUCAAAUAUUUCAUGAGGGUUGUGCCUUCAGAUGCUCAGCAGGCAAGGGCCAUGGUGGACAUAGUGAAGAGGUACAACUGGACCUAUGUAUCAGCUGUGCACACAGAAGGCAACUAUGGAGAAAGUGGGAUGGAAGCCUUCAAAGACAUGUCAGCGAAGGAAGGGAUUUGCAUCGCCCACUCCUACAAAAUCUACAGUAAUGCAGGAGAGCAGAGCUUUGAUAAGCUGCUGAAGAAGCUCACAAGUCACUUGCCUAAGGCCCGGGUGGUGGCCUGCUUCUGUGAGGGUAUGACGGUGAGAGGUCUGCUGAUGGCCAUGAGGCGCCUGGGUCUAGCGGGAGAAUUUCUGCUUCUGGGCAGUGAUGGCUGGGCUGACAGGUAUGAUGUGACAGAUGGAUAUCAGCGAGAAGCUGUUGGUGGCAUCACAAUCAAGCUCCAGUCUCCCGAUGUCAAGUGGUUUGAUGAUUAUUAUCUGAAGCUCCGGCCAGAAACAAACCAUCGAAACCCUUGGUUUCAAGAAUUUUGGCAGCAUCGUUUUCAGUGCCGACUGGAAGGGUUUCCACAGGAGAACAGCAAAUACAACAAGACUUGUGAUAGUUCUCUGACUCUGAAAACACAUCAUGUUCAGGAUUCCAAAAUGGGAUUUGUGAUCAACGCCAUCUAUUCGAUGGCCUAUGGGCUCCACAACAUGCAGAUGUCCCUCUGCCCAGGCUAUGCAGGACUCUGUGAUGCAAUGAAGCCAAUUGAUGGACGGAAACUUUUGGAGUCCCUGAUGAAAACCAAUUUUACUGGGGUUUCUGGAGAUACGAUCCUGUUCGACGAGAAUGGAGACUCUCCAGGAAGGUAUGAAAUAAUGAAUUUCAAGGAAAUGGGAAAAGAUUAUUUUGAUUAUAUCAACGUUGGAAGUUGGGACAAUGGAGAAUUAAAAAUGGAUGAUGAUGAAGUAUGGUCCAAGAAAAGCAACAUCAUCAGAUCUGUGUGCAGUGAACCAUGUGAGAAAGGCCAGAUCAAGGUGAUCCGAAAGGGAGAAGUCAGCUGUUGUUGGACCUGUACACCUUGUAAGGAGAAUGAGUAUGUCUUUGAUGAGUAUACAUGCAAGGCAUGCCAGCUGGGGUCUUGGCCCACUGAUGAUCUCACAGGUUGUGAUUUGAUUCCAGUACAGUAUCUUCGAUGGGGUGACCCUGAACCCAUUGCAGCUGUGGUGUUUGCCUGCCUUGGCCUCCUAGCCACCCUGUUUGUUACUGUAGUCUUCAUCAUUUACCGGGAUACACCAGUAGUCAAGUCCUCGAGCAGGGAACUCUGCUACAUUAUCCUUGCUGGCAUCUGCCUGGGCUACUUAUGUACCUUCUGCCUCAUUGCAAAGCCCAAACAGAUUUACUGCUACCUUCAGAGAAUUGGCAUUGGUCUGUCCCCAGCCAUGAGCUACUCAGCCCUUGUAACGAAGACCAACCGUAUUGCAAGGAUCCUGGCUGGCAGCAAGAAGAAGAUCUGUACCAAAAAGCCCAGAUUCAUGAGUGCCUGUGCCCAGCUAGUGAUUGCUUUCAUUCUCAUAUGCAUCCAGUUGGGCAUCAUUGUUGCCCUCUUUAUAAUGGAGCCUCCUGACAUAAUGCAUGACUACCCAAGCAUUCGAGAAGUCUACCUGAUCUGUAACACCACCAACUUAGGAGUUGUCACUCCACUUGGAUACAAUGGAUUGUUGAUUUUGAGCUGCACCUUCUAUGCAUUCAAGACCAGAAAUGUUCCAGCUAACUUCAACGAGGCCAAGUAUAUCGCCUUCACAAUGUACACAACCUGCAUUAUAUGGCUAGCUUUUGUACCAAUCUACUUUGGCAGCAACUACAAAAUCAUCACCAUGUGUUUCUCGGUCAGCCUCAGUGCCACAGUGGCCCUAGGCUGCAUGUUUGUGCCGAAGGUGUACAUCAUCCUGGCCAAACCAGAGAGAAAUGUGCGCAGCGCCUUCACCACAUCUACUGUGGUGCGCAUGCAUGUAGGGGAUGGCAAGUCAUCCUCCGCAGCCAGCAGAUCCAGCAGCCUAGUCAACCUGUGGAAGAGAAGGGGCUCCUCUGGGGAAACCUUAAGGUACAAAGACAGGAGACUGGCUCAGCACAAGUCGGAAAUAGAGUGUUUCACCCCCAAAGGGAGUAUGGGGAAUGGUGGGAGAGCAACAAUGAGCAGCUCGAAUGGAAAAUCUGUCACGUGGGCCCAGAACGAGAAGAGCAGCCGGGGGCAGCACCUGUGGCAGCGCCUGUCCAUCCACAUCAACAAGAAGGAAAACCCCAACCAAACGGCCGUCAUCAAGCCCUUCCCCAAGAGCACGGAGAGCCGCGGCCUGGGCGCUGGCGCUGGCGCAGGCGGGAGCGCGGGAGGUAUGGGGGCCACGGGCGGUGCGGGCUGCGCAGGCGCCAGCCCUGGCGGGCCCGAGCCCCCAGACGCCGGCCCCAAGGGGCUGUAUGAUGUGGCCGAGACCGAGGAGCACUUCCCGGCGCCCACGCGGCCGCGCUCACCAUCGCCCAUCAGCACGCUGAGCCACCGCGCGGGCUCGGCCAGCCGCACGGACGACGACGUGCCGUCGCUGCAUUCGGAGCCGGCUGCGCGCAGCAGCUCCUCGCAGGGCUCACUCAUGGAGCAGAUCAGCAGUGUGGUCACCCGCUUCACGGCCAACAUCAGCGAGCUCAACUCCAUGAUGCUGUCCACCGCGGCCCCCAGCCCCGGCGUGGGCGCCCCACUCUGCUCGUCGUACCUGAUCCCCAAAGAGAUCCAGCUGCCCACAACCAUGACGACCUUCGCGGAAAUCCAGCCUCUGCCAGCCAUCGAGGUCACGGGCGGCGCGCAGCCCGCGGCGGGGGCUCAGGCGGCUGGGGACGCGGCCCGGGAGAGCCCGGCAGCUGGGCCCGAGGCUGCGGCCGCCAAGCCAGACCUGGAGGAGUUGGUGGCUCUCACCCCGCCGUCCCCCUUCAGAGACUCGGUGGACUCGGGGAGCACAACCCCCAACUCGCCAGUGUCGGAGUCGGCCCUCUGUAUCCCGUCGUCUCCCAAAUAUGACACUCUUAUCAUAAGAGAUUACACUCAGAGCUCCUCGUCGUUGUGAAUGUCCCUGGAAAGCGCACCGGCCUGCGCGUGCGGAGCAGAGCCCCCCGUGUUCACACACACAGUGGCAAGCAUAGUCGCCUGGUUACGGCCCAGGGGGAAGAUGCCAAGCGCACCCCUUGAUGGAAACACGAGAUCAAUAGUGCUAUCUCACGACAACCGACGAAGACACCGACGACAAAUCUUUUGGCAGAUUUUCUUCUAGUGGCCUUAGAAAACAUGGGCUUUUAAGAAACACGGCUGAUAUCUUUGAGGGCUGACAAGGCGUCUGUUCAAACAGUUCCAUACCAAGUGCUUUGCUCUAGGAAAGCAGUGCGUGUGAAACAGCGUAACGGAGGGUGAAGAGCAUAGUUAAUAAGCAACUGUAAAAAGUUUUAUUUGUUUACUUUAAUUCUUUUCCCAGAAGAGUCUUUGAUUCACCAAACAUGAAUGUACAUUUUCUAACAAACUCAAAAUCUGGGACCAAAACAUCAACUUUUCUCUUUCUUUUUUUCUUUUUGUUUUUUCUUUCCUGUAAAGACCUUGAAAAGCAGUAACAUGGGUCCAGUAUUUACUGAGGCGUUGUGAAUGUGUCCCAUGCAUAACACACGACUGGAUAGUGAGUGCUGCGCUAAUGUACUACGUAGGGCUUCUACGAGAGAUUUUCCUCUCCAAUUGGGUUGUGAAAUACUCUUCCAAAAGCCUGCAUCGGGGAUUCCACCUACUUAUUUCAGAUUCACCUCCAUUAACCAAGAAAACCAGUGGAAGAUUUCUUGACUAUUUCACCAUGUUGCCAAUCAAUACUGGAGUAGCAAAAAAAUAUUUUCUGGAAUACUGUUUUGUAAUUCCCUCACUGGGGUGCAUUGUAGCUGGAAAUUCUCUUUAUAAUCAUUAUUGAGCUCCAGCCUGGCUAUCUCUUUCAAGAAACAUGGCCACUCCUCUUUAGGAAUGCUGUUCCGUUUGCAUUGCCAACUAAAAUAUUAAAAUAUGCAUUGGGGCUUCUUCAUUCCUUUAUUUUGAGAACCUGAUGCACAAAGAGCUCCUUUGUUCUUUUUGAGUCCCACCACUGGAAGAGUGGUCCAUAGACCCCAUGAAGACAUUGUCACGAUUUGAGAGACUGUUGUUGAAAGGAUUAACACAAUCUUAAUACACUGAAAAUUGUAAACUGUGUCAAGUCAGCUUAGUGGAGAUUUAGUUAUGCCAGUGAACAGUGAUUUUAACUAUUCUUGGCUGCUUAAACAGGGCAGCUAUGAACUAUGACAAAUGUAGAUUUUUCAAAGCAAUACAAAAUACUAAAAAAGAGGAACCUUAAUGAAUAUUAACCACACAGUCUUUCUUAGCCAUUCCAAAAAGAGGCAAAGCAAUUCUUAUUUUCUUUUUUUAAAUAAUGAUUAAUAUUAUUUUGUGCACUUCAUACUGUCACUUUUUAAAACUGCAGAAAAGAGAUUUAGAGGUAUAAUAGAAACAAGUGUGCUUUGAUAGUCUCAAAUAGGUAGAAUUCAUAGUUCAAGACCUGAAUCCACUGUCAUCUUUUUCUUCCUCCCAUUGCAGCUAUCCUCAGGUACCAAAUGUUUUGAUUUUUAAAUAAGGAUAGUAAUAAAUGGAGGAGGUGUCCUAUAAAUUCAAAGUUCAGUUGACCCAGCCUUAUACUUAAGAUAGCCUUAUGAAAAAUAUAUGCUGUGAGGCAGAAGUAUAUUUUGGCAGAGAGAAAAAUAAAUAAAACUUUUUCUUUUAACUCAAUAUCCUUAUUUUGGUAAGUAAUUUUUUUUUUAUUUCGCAUCUACUUAAAAGAAACUAAACUGAGAAAUAGAAGUCAGUCCAUUGGCAUAAUUUAUCAUUCUUCACUUUAAAAAAUUCUAAUAAAUAUUGUGCUUGAGUUUUCUUUUCUGCUAUUUGUUCUUACUUGCAACUUUAAGUCAAACCUCCCAAUACAAAACAUUAAAAGCUAACAUUCAUGUACUAAAGUAUUAAUUUACAAGAAAUCGAACCUCCCAUGCUAGAUUUGAAAAUAACAUCAUCACAGCACCCUGAUCCCAAAUAUUAUAACGAGGCUUUUAAAAUGUAAGUGAAAUCCAGCUAAGUUUCAUGGUUUCAUUAAAAGCUAAUGUCUGCCUCUACCUGAAAAACAAAUGGAAAUCUUUUGAAGUAUUAAUACCCUUUGGAUCCUUAUAAAAACGAUGGCAUUCACCUGAGGAUUCCUAUCUUGACUUCUUAGGUAUUAAAAACCUUUCUCGAUAUGCUCUACAUUUUAAAAUUUGUUUCAUAAAAUCCUUAUGUUGAUUUUCAUUUUAUUCUCAAGUACAAUACGUUUCACUCUAGACCAAUAGAAGAACAUGUUUAAACUUUGUUCAUGGUCAAAUUCAUUUUCUAUGUUUUAGUAACAUGGCUCUUAAAAAGUACACUACCUUAUAAAAAAAACUACAUUUGAAAUUAAAUUUAAUGCAAGUAAAUUGCCAUCUGAUAAUUCCACAUGCUAUCAUAAUCAACUGUAAUAAUAAAAAUGAUUUAUCCAAUUAGAAGAAAACAAGAUAUAUUUUUCUCUGUAUUUCUACAACUUUUGCCACUUCAUUGACUACAUUGUAUAUUGGACAUCAGAUUAUUAGUAAUGCAUUCUUGAGAUCUUUUAUUUUGGAAUGAUGCUAACUCUGUCUCUUUGCCAAUUCUAAUACCAGGUUCCAAGUAAUAACUCUACAGUACAAAGAGAACUGAAUAUUCAUUCUAGGGCUAUAGGAUAUGAACUUCACAAUUCAUUUGGGUACAUUCUCAUUGAAUUUCCUUCAAAACAAUCUGUUCCUGGUGCCCAGUGAUAAUUCAGUCGGGACCAGCAUGACUAAAAGGAAGGGGAUAUGCUAAGGCUCAGCAAAGUGACCCUAAAGGAGAGAUAUGUCCCAGGAUGGAAAGAAGAAGAUGUGGUUUAACCAAGUUAUACUGACUAAUCUAAUCAGUCCAUUCGUCCUUCUAUUUUGGGAAAGGAGAGGGGACAGCCUAAGAAGAACAUAUCUGCAUUGGGAAGAACCAUCUUUCCGGGCUAGGGAUGGGGAACAGAAAGGGAGUAUGGAAAGAAAAAUUUAAGAGAUUUGACUGAAGCAAGGAAAAAAAAGCAAAUCCCCAAAUGUGCUAAUCCUUGAAAGUAACUAUCUUUCCCAAACUACUGCUGUUACCAGCAAGUGAUCAGGAAGACUAGGAGCUAUUUCUGACUGUAAAUGAAUUGUAUAAUGGCUCUGCUGCAGUUCUGUGACUUCCAAGCCAGGAAUUAAAUGCUCUUUUUAAGAAUAACAAAAAACAAAAGCAUUUCCUAUGGUAGUCUCCCAGUAAAAUGUACAUGUUUUGGAGACUUCAAAGGUAUUAUAUGAGUUCACAUUUAGCAACAGCUUAUUAAUAACCCUCAAGCUGUCAGAAUCUCUAUAGUUACCAUUUACAAUUUUAUACUGUGAAAAAAUACAGAUCAGUGAAAGCAUAAAGAUAAAUCAGAAUUCACUUUGAAGAGGGCCUGAGGCCUGGGAGAGUCUCUACUGUCUAUUGAAGAAUGAGGCAUGUAUAAAAUAGUUGGUUGAAUUUCACUGAUCUUCCCAAUGUGAACAAAUAUACUAUGUAUAUUGUGUGUAUUUCUAGAAAUCAAUGGCAGCUGCUGAUGGUGUUGUAAUUAGAAAUCUAUAUAGAUUAUAGAUGUUUUAGAAAGAUGGUGCCAAUCCUAAAAGAUUUGUGUGGGCUAAAAGUGCUUGUACUUACUUUUUUCUGCACUUAUAACUGAUUUGGUUUUAAAAUUGUGUGCGUGUAUCUGUUCCUUCUCUGUUGUGGCAGCUUGUACUAUUAAAAUAAUAGAGAAUGUUAAAUUAUUUUGAUGUGAAUUGCAAAUGAUUUUUUUUCAUAAAGUUUAACAUUUUUAUCAGCAUUGUUUUGCUUUGUACUUGUAUAAAUAUGUUUUAUUUUAGCACUUCAAAAUAUACUUGCCUGUUUCUCAGUUGUCUAAAUCAUGUUGUACUUGGUGUUUGUGAAGCCAGUUACUUUUCAAAAAACAUUAAAAAAAACUGUAAUAUGA